AAUUUAAAAAGAAAGAGAAAAAAGAAAAAAAUGGGGAAGGAGGAAAGCGAGCGGACACGAUGAGGAGAGUGCUCGUCGAACCGAUGUUGAGCUGUCCUGCGUUGCGCUUACAGAGGAUAUUUCUUCUCAUGGCAUCCAAGCCCCAACGCCUUCAUCAAUGGUCUACUCUGCAGAGCUCCGCGAAGAGGGCGAGGGCGAUGGCCACUGAAGCUGAAUCCUCCCUCAAGGAUGCGUUUGGCAAAUACGCCGAUUACCUCAACAACCUUAAUGACAAGCGGGAAAGAGUUGUAAAAGCAAGUCGUGAUAUAACUAUGUCCAGCAAGAAGGUUAUCUUUCAGGUGCACAGGAUGAGUAAGUACAACAAGGAGGAAGUUUUGGAAAAGGCAGAAAAGGAUUUAGCGGCAGUUACAAAUCAAUAUGUGUCCAGACUGGUGAAAGAGUUGCAAGGGAGUGAUUUCUGGAAGCUCAGACGAGCAUACUCUCCCGGGGUGCAAGAAUAUGUUGAAGCGGCAACUCUCUGUAAAUUUUGCAAAACCGGGACUCUUUUAAAUCUUGAUGAGAUGAAUGCUACUCUAUUUCCUCUAAGUGACCCAUCUCAGGAGCCAUUGCAGAUUAAUGUCCUGGACUAUCUUUUGGGGCUGGCAGAUUUGACAGGAGAGCUGAUGCGGUUGGCCAUCGGGAGAAUAUCUGACGGAGAACUCGAAUAUGCCGAGAAGAUAUGCAAGUUUGUACGCGAAAUACAUCGCAAGCUGACUCUUGUGGUUCCACUAAUGGAUGAUUCUGAUGAUAUGAAGAAAAAGAUGGACACAAUGCUCCAAAGUGUGAUGAAAAUUGAGAACACUUGCUAUAGCGUACAUGUGAGAGGAUCAGAAUAUAUCCCAACGCUUGGGUCCCGUGACCGUUUCUCUUUGAUGGGAGUGCCCGACAUUGAGCUAUGAAUGGAUCCUUGAAACAAAUUGGUCGAGACAAUAUUGUGCACAUAUAGAGAAGACCGUAGAACUUAUCGAGAGCAAAUCCAUGAAUCUUCGCCCAGUACAGAAACAGUGUCCUCGGCUUUACUUUUGCCGCUAAAGGCUCCACACUCGACUACUGAUGUUAAGAUCAGUCUUUGCUGCAUGCCUUUUCAUGGUGUCUGCUACCUGAAUUGGAGAUGUAAACAGAUAACAUGUACCAAGCUCCGUGAAGUCUCGACAGGAUGCGCGAUGUGGAAAUCUUCAGGUUGCCUUUUUCUGUCUAUGUGCAGGUGCUUCAGAAUGUUUUUGUUUUUUUAAGUGCAAAGAUUUUCGAGUUCUCUCUUCUAUUUUGGAGCAUUAGAUGAAAAAGGAACUCAUUGCCCCGUUCAUUUCACGAAGUUUGUCUAGAUCUAAAGAAACUGAAAACUGUCGAUCAUGAAUGCUUUAUUAUGAUGAUAUAUUAAUAUCCACUUGAUAUCCCGGUGCUUCA